CAGCCACACCAAACUCGCUCCUUUCAACUGUGGCGCAAUCUCUCCAGCGCCGCCACACCAGUUCCCCACCAAAAAAUACAUCCCAUUAUGGACAACGCACCUACAGCCGUUCAUCGCAUCUCGUCCGACUCGGAAUCCCCAACAUCCGCGCCCAUCUCCAUCGUUCGACGAGUGACGGGGCAAUUCCCCUGCGCCAAAAAACCAUCCGUCGAUUUCAUCAGGCCACGUCUUCUCAUCGCAAAAAAGGGGCUGCUGAACCCGACAAUCGCUAGCAGCUCUUGCGCGGUGGCCAAAUAAAUACCUACUUGAUACAGCUCGUCCCUGAUCAGAAGCAGCUUCGCAAGCAGCGACAAACAGCAAAAGGCAUCUGCCCGCCAUGGCGACCUUUACCGAAAUCGUCGAGAUGAUCAUGACGCCGUCCAUCCCCCUCGUCAUCAUCGGCAUCCUCAUCAUCCUCGGCGGCCCCCUCAUCUUCCACCUCGUCCUCGCCUCGUCCUCGUCAUACACCGUGCCCCCCAGCGUGCUGCUCCUCGGCCCAGAUAACUCCGGCAAGACGUCGCUCAUGACUCUCUUCGAGCGCGGCGCAAACCCUUCCAAGACGCACACUUCGCAGAUUGCGCACUCGGUCGAACUCAACGCCUCCACCGACUCCGACACCAAGGCUUCGUUCCGCAACUACGACGAUGCUACGGGCACGCACACAAAGUUCCUCCUGGUCGAUACCCCCGGCCACGGAAAGCUGCGAAACGUCUCCAUGGGAAAAUUGGCGCGCACGGAAAAGGUCAAGGCUGUUGUCUUCAUGGUCGACGCGGCUGCUCUUGGCGAACAGGAGACCAUUGCGCCCACAGCUGCCUAUCUCUAUGACGUGUUGCUGUUUCUGCAAAAGAGGGCUUCUUCCAAGGGCAAGGACAAGGCUUCCAUCCCGGUUCUGAUUGCAGCCAACAAAAUGGACUUGUUCACCGCCUUGCCUGCCGCCAUGGUGAAGAGCCAUUUGGAGGUGGAGCUGUCCCGAAUCCGCGCCUCCAGAAGCAAGGGUCUGCUCGAUUCCGGUGUUGGAAUUGACGAUGUUGGCUCGGAAGAGCAAGAUGGUUGGCUGGGCGAGUAUGGAUCCGACAAGUUUACUUUCCAGCAAAUGAAUGAAUUCGACAUCGAUAUCGAUGUACUGGCUGGUAGCGUCUUGACUGAAGAGCCUGGUGCUGAUAAAUGGUGGUGGUGGAUCGCACAGAGGGUAGUCGGAUGAAUGGUGCAUGCAUUGAUGGGAAUAUAGAAUUUAGGGAUGGGGUCAUGUAUGAAUACUUGUGGCAUUUGGCUAUAUAAAUGUUUUAAUGACGGGCAAAAAAAAAAGGCAGAAAGUAACCUGAAGCCAGAUGAUAGUAAUGAUAAUCACGCAUUUUCCAUUC